UUACGUACGGCCCAAUCAGCACCGGGUGGGCGUGGCUAUAAGUUUUCCAAACUAGGUAUACUCAAACGAUAGAAAAUUGGAUUGUAGUAUGGGGUGUGUAACGGGAUGAGCGACCAGGAUUGACCAUGUGCAAUUACGAUGGCUGUGGUUGUGCGGUCCAAGAUCCGUGUAAGCGUUCUAAUGUUGACAUUCUUACCAUUUGUGAUACACUGUCGACCACAGACGGAACAGGACUACCGGCAAAACCGAUACGGUGCGAAAGCUAAAGGACAGGUUGUGUACCCAGUUCGUUUCAUUGAAAACAAUGCAGAUAGUGCUAAUAACCAUGUUAUUAAAAAAAGGGAUAUUACCUUUGAUAACGCAGAUCAUCUCGACGAACAAAAAGUGAUAUACAUGUUCCCUGCCUAUGGAAGGCAAUUUUUAUUUGACUUGAGUUUUACCAAAGAUUUUAUUCCGCCUGAUAAUGUUUUAAUAGAAAAACAUGAAGGCAACUACACGUGGAGCGAGGAAGGGUUUGUGGACAGUUUGGAGAACUGUUUCUAUACCGGAAUAGUAAAUAAUGACAGCUCAUCCAGAGCUGUUUUCAGUCUAUGUGAUGGCAUGUCCGGUAUGUUUGAUGUGCACGGAGAGAGGUAUACACUGGAGCCCUGCUCCACAGAUGAAGGAAGCUAUCAUUCUGGAAAUAACAGUGAUAUCAAACCUCACUUCAUCUAUAAACAUUCUUCAUCAUUUAAAAAAGAUGCAGAUGAAUCUCAUUGUGGAGUUGAAGAAAAUUACAAGCAUACGAGGAGGAAAGAAAAUGGUGAUUCUAUAUUAAAUGAAAGUACAGUGUUAUCGUAUAGUCGUAGUGUGAACAAUCAUCCCUUUCAUCAUGUACAUAGACGUUCUGCUUCACUAAAACGACAUGUGGAGGUCAUGGUGGCCGCUGACUACGAGAUGUAUCGGUACCAUGGUCGCGAUUUAGAAAAAUAUAUAUUAACAUUAAUGGCAAUAGUCAACAGUGUAUAUAAACAUUCAUCUAUAGCAAACUUCAUCAACAUCGUAGUCGUGAAAAUCGUUGUGUUUAAAAGUGUAGAGGAUGGACCAAGAAUUAAUCAAAAUGCAGCUCUCUCAUUACAAGAGUUUUGUAAGUGGCAAUAUUCUCAUAAUAUUCAUGAUGACAACCAGUCGCAGCAUUACGAUACUGCAGUAUUGAUGACCAGACAGGAUAUCUGUAGAUCGCCUCAAAAAUGUGAUACUCUAGGUUUAGCUGAAUUAGGAACAGUUUGUGAUCCGUUAAGAAGCUGUUCCAUUAUAGAAGACAAUGGUAUCAGCGCAGCGUAUACAAUUGCUCAUGAACUUGGACAUGUAUUUAACUUACCUCAUGAUGACAAUUCAAAAUGCAAAGACUACCUGAAGGACAAAACAGAUCAUGUGAUGUCCCCCACCCUUGACCACAACACGAGUGCAUGGUCGUGGUCAAGGUGUAGUGCUGCCCUGCUCACGCGCUUUAUAGAUGCAGGUUCCACCGAGUGUCUGCUGGACAGACCUCGCAAGCGGAGUCGCUUCCCUUUUUCUCGUGUCCAGGCCAACGCUCCAGGCCAGAUGUACGAUAUCAACACACAGUGUGAACUAAUGUUUGGUCGUGGCUACAAAAAAUGUCCCUAUGAUAAACUUGAAACAGAAUGCAGGAGGCUUUGGUGCACAGAUGGAAGGAACAAGAGGAAGGGGUGUCGAACCCUUCACAUGCCCUGGGCAGACGGCACUUCCUGUGGGAUCAAUAAGUGGUGUAGACAUGGUGUGUGUCGAGCUGAGCGUCCCCUAGUGACGAUCAAUGGAGGCUGGGGACGCUGGGAAGAUUAUGGAGAGUGCUCAAGGACAUGUGCAGGUGGCGUCAAGAAAGGCAUCCGGCAGUGUAACAACCCAGUCCCAGCCCAUGGAGGCAAAUACUGCACAGGAAGGAGGGUCCGCUACAGGUCAUGUAAUACCAAGCCAUGUGAACAGGACACUCCAGACUUCAGGGAUAUCCAAUGCUCCCGAUUUGAUAAUACUCACAAACACCGUGGCCUUCCAUCCAAUGUCCGCUGGGUUCCCAAAUAUGCGGGAAUUCGUCUGAAGGAUGCCUGUAAACUGUACUGUCGACCAUCAGGAAGCAGCGCCUACUAUCUCCUGGCAGACAAGGUUUUAGAUGGCACCAAGUGUGGACCAAAGACACAUGACAUCUGUGUCAAUGGGAAAUGUAAGAGUGCUGGCUGUGAUAAUCGUCUUGGGUCGCGUAUGAAGGUGGACCGAUGUGGAAUUUGUGGUGGAGACAACACUUCCUGUAUUUUUGAGGAAAUUGUGAACCAGUUCAAGCGCAUCCCCAAAUAUGGUUACAACUUUGUGGCAGAUAUACCGUCCGGAGCUAAGAAUAUCGUCAUUCAGCAGCAUGGCUUUAGGAACCUGAAGGAGGACGGAAAUUAUCUAGCUCUUCGGAACUCAACGGGUCACUUUAUCCUGAAUGGUGACUUUGUGGUGAACACAGCUCGUAGGAAGAUAAAGGUGAAGAGUGCUAACAUAGACUACAGUGGAUCGGACACGGUCACAGAACAGAUCAACUCCACUGGUCCUAUUGGAGAAAACAUCACACUCAUGGUUUUAUCCGUUGGAAAGCACUACCCACCCAACUUAGAGUACUCCUACAUGGUUUCCAUAGAAACUCACUUUGUGUGGAGCCAGCAUCAUGGUGAUUGGUCGAAAUGUAGCAGACUUUGUGAAGGGGAGCAGACUCGUGAGGUGGUUUGUGUGAGUGAUGAUCGUGAACGUACCAUUGUUUCCGACCGUAAGUGUGAACGACUUCGCAUCCCCAGACCUUCCCGGCUCAAACAGGUCUGCAACAUGAACUGCAACCUGAGAUGGCAUAUAGAAGAAGAGGAGUGCUCCACCCGGUGUGGGGAGGGUGUUGCUGUCCAGCAUGUGGCCUGUGUCAAGCGGAAUAUCUUAGGGGUUGAGGAGGAUUUACCUGAUCGGGAAUGUGACCAUCUCGGCCCCCGCCCUGGAGAUGUUGUGUCCUGUACAGGGAAAUGUCUACCCACACACUGGCAGUAUGCUAGCUGGUCCGAGUGUACACAGACGUGUGACGGAGGGGUACAACAGAGAAGAGCAACCUGUACAGAUAUCAGUCGAAACGAGCUACCGGAGACGGAGUGUCACUCGGAGGAGCGCAUCAUUACUCGCUCGUGUAAUGAGGACCCCUGCCCUGACUGGCGCACAUUUUUGUGGACAGGGUGUUCUCAUACCUGCGGCUCCGGAACCAGACAUCGCAAAGUCUACUGUUUCCAUGGUGACAGGAAGGUCGAUGACAUGUACUGUCAGAAUGAGCGUAAACCAGUCAGCAGUGAACUUUGUAACCGACAGCGGUGUCCUGAGUGGAGGGAGCGAAGAUGGGGAGAUUGUUCCGUUACAUGUGGACAUGGGGUUUCAAAGCGUCGUAUCGACUGCCGUCAUUACCAUGGAGAAAUACUGCCAGAGGAACUAUGUGACCCUACGUCCAAGCCUUAUGACACACGAAAAUGUUACCCAAGGUCUUGUCCAACUACCACUACUAUCACCACUACCACUACUACCACUACCACCACUACCACCACUACCGUACCGACAACUACUACCGUACCAACCACUACCUCAACCACUGUCCUACCAACCACUACACCCACUACUCAAACAAUGACACAAACUACUACAAGGCCAACUACCUCAACUACCACCAUACCAACGACAACCUUGUCUUCCACUACAACCCCUGUACCAGUAUUACUUACAGAGAUGUUGUCGACCACCAGGGCGUCACCAAGGACUGCUGCCAGACUUCACUUCUCAUGGAAGAUUGGUGACUGGACCUGGUGCUCAGCCACUUGUGGUCAGGGAACAAGGUUUCGCUAUAUCAGAUGUGAGGACAGAUUUGGACGCAUUCAAAGUAGCAACCUCUGUAGGAACCAGGAAAAGCCAGCCUCUCGGGAGCCAUGUGUGAGGGCUGCAUGUGGAAUAUGGAGGUCUGGAAACUGGGGAAAGUGUAGUGCUUCCUGUGGAGAAGGUAUAACUACACGCCAAGUUGUUUGUUACCAUGUCAACCGACGUCGAGUGGACGAAGGUCAGUGUGACAGGGCACUUCGUCCGGAGACCAGCCGUGUGUGUAACGGUGGAGAUUGUCCCACUGUCAGUGAGGAUACUUAUGAGACAGUAGUGAUAACCUCUAACAAUGUGGAGGGAACCACCCAAUGGAGGGUAGGACCCUGGAGUCAGUGUUCGUCAACCUGUGGAUCAGGCUGGAGACGCCGACAGGUUGUUUGUCAGGAUGAACUUGGAGCCAGCGACAAGUGUGACCUCAAACAAAAACCAGACGAGAUUGAACGCUGUCAGGCGAAAUCUUGCGGCACCUGGAAUACCGGCAUGUGGUCGCAGUGUUCUGUGACGUGUGGAAAGGACGGAGAACAGAGUCGUCGUGUCCUGUGUCAGCUGGAUGACAGGACAGUGUCCAACUCCUUUUGUAACAUGACCACCAUGCCACCCAAUCGUCGUCUCUGCAACAACGGCCCGUGCAGCACUCGCCGGCGCUGGUACAUAGCGCCCUGGUCACCGUGCUCUGCGACCUGUGGGCGUGGCCACCAGCAGCGAGAGGUUCUUUGUGUAGAUGAGGAGGAGAAUACCCGCCCAUCUAACGAAUGUCGCGGCAAGAAACCAAGAAACACACGACGUUGUAAGAUGGGCAGGUGUCCUAAGUGGAAGGCUACAGAAUGGACAAAGUGCUCUGUAACUUGCGGAACUGGUAUUCGAACCCGAGGCCUCAAGUGUAAAGCCAGGCACCAGCGAACUGUUGAUCCAGCUUUGUGUGUGAACAAAAAGAAACCAAGACAGAGAGAAGAGUGUAUGAGAAAGCCCUGCUCCAACUUCUCCUGGCAGAAAGGGGACUGGUCAGAGUGCUCAAAGACAUGUGGGUUCGGUACAAAGACUCGGACAGUGACUUGUGUGAAUUUGGAUGGAGAGGAUGUAGAAGAAUGGAACUGUGGAGGAGAGAAACGACCUAAACCCAAACGUAGAUGUAGCGAGUUCCCUUGUCCCUUUAUCUGGAACACCUCUCCCUGGACUCAGUGUAACAGUACGUGUGGGGCCGGUAUACAAGAGAGAAAGGUGGUUUGUCAGGCUGUUACCAAAGAGGGCUGGAUCCUUCCGGGGGAAGUGCCAUUUACCUGUCAGUCCACCGUCAAACCUCCUGCCCAGCGGUUCUGUAACCUGGGUGAAUGUGGUGCUCGCUACCACUGGGUUGUCGGGCCUUGGGGCAAGUGUUCCUCUCGUUGUGGUUGGGGAUUUUUACGUCGACAGGUGAUUUGUGUCGAUGCUCUUGGGAGGAGACGAUCCAAGAAACGCUGUCCUAACAGUCUGAAGCCAGACAACGAGGAAGAAUGCUACUCGGGACCAUGUUACGCAAAGUCCUGCCAGCAGUUGAAAGAGAAAACGUCGAUACGACAUGAUGACACUUACAGUUUACUUCUCAGAAACAGACUGAUAAAGGUCUACUGUAGGGACAUGAGAGAGAAGGAGCCUGCCGAGUAUCUCAACCUUCCAGCAGGGGAUGGUGAAAAUUACUCGGAGGUCUACGACAAACGAUUACGUCGUUCUGGUCACUGCCCAUACAAUGGUACACGCACAGACAAAUGCACCAAGUGUCGUCGGACACCAUACAGGGAGGCAGGAAAUACGUCCUUCUCCAAGGUCAGGAUCGACCUCACUAACCUCCGCAUCAUGACUACAGACACAACAUUCGCCACUUCCAUUAGUGGUAAAAUCAUUCCAUUUGGCACAGCUGGUGAUUGUUACAGUUCACAGACACAAUGUCCUCAGGGAAGGUUCAGUAUAAACUUGACAGGGACAGGAUUUGCUGUCUCCAGAAACACUACCUGGAUUUUGCAUGGCCGUCAUUCCUCAAAAAAGAUUCAAAUCAUGCAGAACGGAGAGGUGGUUCGUGGACUGUGUGGAGGCUACUGUGCCGUCUGCUCUCCAGAUUUGUUUACUGGACUACAGCUAGAGGUUCUCCACUGACACUAGUGAUAAUGGUUGCCAUGGACAACAAGGCAAUCAUUGUCUUCUAAUCAAACUUCAAAUCAUGCCAUAAGUUCAUUGAUAAAGCUUCAUACUCACUGUCAUCAUUAACAGUUUCUAUAUAAUGUGUGUGUGUUGUAUGUAUAUAUGUGAAUCAUGUGUAUUUAUUUGCGAUAUAUAUUGAAAGUUUCCGUCCGUGUAAAUAGGAGAUGUAACUGUGCAAUAACGGGUGUAAAUGGAAUUGUGGGAGUUUGAUGUUUAAGUAAUGAGUGCUGUAAUAUUUUGUUCAUUUCAUUAUAAUAAUUUGCAUUUAUAUUUUAUGCCUGUUGAUAUUUUUAUUAUGAAUUGUUGAAUUAUCUCAAUUUUUACUUACAAAUGCAUCGAUGUUUUAGCUGAUGAAUGAAUCUGCCCAGUCUAGAGUGGAGAUGUUUACAAAGUUUGUACAAAAGAUCCUCAAUAACAUUUAUAUCAAACAAGUUUUCUUUUGUAGAAAUAUAUAUAAAGGUGUGCAAAAAGCCAUGCCUGUUUACCUUCCUACAAAAAUGUACCAGCUACUGUACAUACACAGCCAGCUUGUAAUUCUGUGUCGGGCAGAACGAAAUGAGGUAAAUCUCAUCACCAAAUUUCAUCUAGCAUAUUUUUUUCCAAUUUUUACUUUUGGUUUAUUUCCUUUAUGAGUUAUGUAAACGGUACCAAUAUAAAUACAAAUAAAAUAUAAGUGAUGUUUUAAGGGUUGUCAUGAAACUUACAGUUCUACAGGUUAAAAUUUUGUUUAUGCUGCAUCACAAAUUAUCAUGAAUUAAAAGACGGCACAAUGAAACUACAAAGGGACAGUAUUGUCUAUAGAGUACCAAAAGGUACAGGUCUGCUACGUUUAUAUGACCAAGGGUAUGUCUACAAAUCUCUGAUACUGUUGUACAUAAUUGGCCAGUACAUAUAUAUGUAUAUAUAUAUAUUUAUAAAGCAAAGUUUUAGGCAUGUAUACUUGCAAUUUAUAUCUACUUUGUGUUUUAUAUUUUGUUUUAAGUUUUAAUUAACGUAACUUGACCAAAAAACUAGAACAAUUAAUUUACACUUUGGUUAUUCAGUAUCGACAUGUUUUUAGUCUUAUGCAUUAUUUGUCUCCAUAUUGUAUAGUACCUAGAUAUUAUUUAUGUCUUCCAGUUAUUAAGUACAUGCAGGUAGAUAAGGAGAGAGUUGUCUGUCCUUAGGUAGAGAAGGAGAGAGUUAUCUGUUCUUAGGUAGAGAAGGAGAGAGUUAUCUGUCCUUAGAUACAGAAGGCGAGAGUUAUCUGUCCUUAGGUAGAGAAGGCGAGAGUUAUCUGUCCUUAUGUAGAGAAGGAGAGAGUUAUCUUUCCUUACCAAACAUUGUAUAAUUAUUAUUAAUAUUAUUUUUUUUGUAAAUAUAAUUUAUGUAUAUUUAUGUUAAAGCUAUAUUGUUUGGUAUGUUCACAAAUAUGGUAUGGUGUAAAUAAUGUUUUUUCUUCAUAUUUUUAUGCAUAUCAACACAGCCUGUAGCCAAAAUUAUAUGAAUUUUGUGUAAGCUAAAUGCCGACUUGUGUCGCAUGUAAAAUACUCAGAUAUGCUAUGGAUCCAUGUGUUGAAACACCUCUUAAUGUGAAACAAAAAUAUGUUUUGUUUAAUAAUUUCCAAAAAAAAAUGUGAAUGAAACAGUUUCUCACUGAAGCUGUUUCGUCGGUCAUUUCAUUGUUGAUAACCGGUCUGAUUUUGUUUUGUAUAUUUGAUCAAGUUUUGUUUUCCCGAUCCAGUUAUUUCACCAUCACAAUGUUGCUUCACUGAUCUUGACUCAGCUAUUUCAACAUGACAUGAUGCGUUUUGUGAGAUAUUGGUCUAAUGUAUUUAACCAUUCUAUGAUUGGUUGAUUAUGUAUGUAACCAUCCUAUGAUUGGUUGAUUAUGUAUGUAACCAUCCUAUGAUUGGUUGAUUAUGUAUGUAACCAUCCUAUGAUUGGUUGAUUAUGUAUGUAACCAUCCUAUGAUUGGUUGAUUAUGUAUUUUACUAUCCUAUUAUUGGUUUAUUAUAUUAGUUAAAUGUAUUUUUCCACCCUAUGAUUGGUUGAUUAUGUCUUUCCCUUACUAACUUACAUUAAAUGGCUUCAGGUGACUGGCCAUCAAAGUUUUAUUUCUCAGGACAUUUACUUUGAUCAUCUCCAUUUUCCGUGAUUUUACUUUGAAAAGUUUGUUUGUUUGAUCAUGGACUUGGAGAUUACAAUCUUUGUUUGUGGUUUAGUAAUUGAUUUGCAAGUAAUUCUUAUUUCAUUAGGAUAUAUAACAGUACUCUGCAGGUUGCACUGAUAAUUUAAUCAGCAAACAUCAAUAAUUGCAUUGAGUGAAUAUUUCUUUUUAAGCCUUGUCAAUAGAGUGAUUUUUAUUACUAUUUCAUUGCCAAUGGAACUGAAGAAUAUUUCAACAUUGCACAAUAUUGAUGUCAGCAUAUUUUUUUUCUUCUGCUUUUUUGAUUUUAGAAAGGAGAUAUUUUAAACUUCAUAUAUUUACUCAACCUAAAACACAUUAUUUAUUACCAAAUUCAUUUUGGAGAUACUAUAUGUAAUAGACUGACUUUUUUCAAUGGUCUGUGUGCCCAAAGUAAGGAUCGGGAAUUAAGACUAUGUACUUUUUCAUGCUGUUGAUAUAUUUUUCACCUAAUGAUACACAUUUAUCACCUAGAUAGGGGUAGGUUAUCACUUUAUCGCCUAGAUAGGGGUAGGUUGUCACUUUAUCGCCUAUAUAGGGGUAGGUUGUCACUUUAUCGCCUAGAUAGGGGUAGGUUGUCACUUUAUCGCCUAGAUAGGGGUAGGUUGUCACUUUGUAUGUCAGUAUUUUACAGGGAUAUUUACUCAUUUUAAUCACAUUUAGAGCCGAUGAAAGCAUUUUCAUGUUAAUUUAUCAAGAUCAUAAAAAAAGGCAUGGUUUGGUUAUUUGAUAACCUUCAUUGUUUUACAUGAAGAAAUGUCAUAUUUCCAUUGUUUCACCAUUUUGCCAAAAAAAAAUGAAGUAAUUUUGAUGGUUUUGCGUAAUUUAUUAACGUUACUUGUAGCAUUUACUACAUUUGUCUAUGUGAUAUGCAUGUUGUUUGCAUAUGACACAAUGUUUAAUAUAAAUCAUCCGUGCUGUUUCUCUAAGUAAAACAAGUGUAAAGCAAUAAUAAAGUGGCCAGUAUUUCUGGAAAAAAAUUCACUUGCCUACAUUUACUUCAACAAUUCUCUUUUGUUUAUUACUCUUUUUACUAGCACAAUCGAUUCCAAAUUGAUUAAGGUUUUAAAAAAAAAAAAUGUUAUUGAACUGAAAAACUAUUUCUGUACAAUUGAUUCGCGUUCCAAAAUGUAAUACUGUAUAGUAAUUGUUCUUCAAUUUAUGGGAUAGAGACUGGGGAAAAGAUGAUAGGUAUAAGCGAAUGUUUUAAAGAGAAAUUACAAAUGAUUUUAUAUAGUAUAGUAUUUAAGCAAGUUUAUGUUGGUUCAAGCAUUCGGAAGCACAGAACCUGUUAAUAAUUUUCAGUUAGGUUUUUUUUUGUUUUUUUUAUUGUGGCCACAAAAUAUAAGGUAUUCAAUGUCUGCCACACAUGUUUGGUACAGUAACAUUGUAGCUUCCUCAUCACGCACAAAAAACAUGUGAAAGGGGUACCAAAAGGGAGUAUCAAGAGAGUUAACCAGAAAUGCAUUUAUAGAAUUUACUUCAUUUUUAUUUUAUUUUACUCUUAGAUUUUUAAAACUUUUGAUGCAUUUAGAUAAUAAGUCAUUGCAUUUAUUUACAAUAUCAUUUACCUCCCUUUAACAUCACCAGGCUGUUUGGCCCGAUACCCAGGUACCUCUCUCACAAUCUGGAAGCUACAUGUAUCUGGUUCAAGGAUCUCACUGACAUAAAUGGUCGUAUGGAAUCUGAUAUUUACUAUUAUGUUAUGCAUAAACUAAUUAUGCAAUAACUGGCUAAGACUUUUUAAAAUAUAUUUUCUCUUAUGAAAA